UCGACUGCAUUUUUUUUUUUCAAAAAGAAGGUAAAAACAGUGUAUACCAUACGGUAAGGGACUAUAUUCCAUAGUAUAGGCUGUUUUAGCAGGAAAAAAAUAUAGUUUGCUAAAAGAGCUUGUGGAACAGAGGUAGCGCUUUGUAAUGCACGUGAUCACUUUCUUUAGAGUCGGGAGGUAUCACACCGCUAUUUUGCGAUCUCAUAGCUCAAUAUUAUGCAAUUAAGGUGUGCCUUUACCUUGUUUAGUUGUCGUUACUGAUUUGACCUGUGUACAGUUGCAUUGCAGGAUCAAAGUCGCAACAAUGGUUGUAGGGCCAUUGGACUUCUGGAUUGACUGGACGAGCCAGAUUGGGGUUCUCUCCAGUCUGGGCUUCCAGAUUAUCCUCCACCUCUUUGCCAACGUACGUCGGCGUAGUAGCUCAAUUAUGCUGAGGGUUCCCCUCUGGCUGGCGUAUCAGUUGUCGGACAUGACCGCAACAUAUGCCGCCGGUCAACUCCUCUACAGCAGCAGAACGCCGGAAGACCACCAGCUCAUUGCUUUCUGGGCGCCAUUCCUGUUGCUGCACCUCGGCGGCCCGGACAACAUCACCGCCUACGCCCUGGAGGAUAACAAGCUCUGGACGCGGCACUUGCUGAGCCUUGGGGUGCAGGUUCUGGGAGCCGGGUACGUCCUCUACAAACACAUCGCCGGCAGCGGGAUCUUCCUCACACUGGCUGCCAUCUUGGUCUUCGUCGUCGGCGUCGCAAAGUAUGCUGAGAGGACGUGUGCACUCUGGUUCGCCAACUUCAGUACCGUCCAGAGCUCUCUGAAGGUACUGGCUCAUGAGAAGCAUCGCCGAUAUUCUCACAUCGUCGAACAUCAAGCUGUCGCCUGCUGCUGCUGCAAGGGCGGGUUGGAUCAGGACGAGCUGGACCUACUGCGUGCUCAUUCCCUAUUUCACAUCUGCAAGCGUGGCAUGGUUGAUUCGGUGAUCCCGGCUGAGGUGGAUAAUGAGGAAAGGGAAAUAAUCCGGGGCCUUCGGCUUCGGGGAAACCAUGAGUCCAUGUGGAGGGUGAUGGAGAUGGAGCUCUCCCUCAUGUACGACAUCCUCUACACCAAGGCAAGCGUGACCCACUCUUGGGUUGGCUACUGCAUCCGUGCCAUCUCGCCGGUUGCCAUCUUCGCCUCGCUCGUCUUGUUCCAGCUGAGCAGCAAAGAUGGCUACAGGCGAGUCGAUGUUGGCAUCACGUACACCUUACUGGGUGGCGCCUUGGUUCUCGAAACCAAAUCGCUCCUUGGCGCUCUAGGGUCGAGCUGGGCGCUUGCUUUCUUGUGUGGCACACAAUGGGAUGGGCUCCGUCAUUCAGCUGUAUCAAGCGGAAGAUGGUAUCGGCUACGGCGCGCACUUGUUUCUCUUCGCAGGUCCUGGCCUGGCAAGAUUAUUAUGACGGGAACCUCGAGGAAGUGGUCAGGCACCAUGGGGCAGCACAACAUGCUGCGGUUUCGUGCCGGACAGGUUGACCAGAUGAGUCGCCGACUCGGUCAUCUCUUCAGUUUCCUAGGGCUCCGUGAGUGGUGGGAUAGGAGGUACUACUCAUGUACUAUCAUUGUCCCGGACGAGGUCCUGAAGCAUGCGCAGAAGGUGAACACCUGGGUCUCACGGGAUGACAUCAACACAAUGGGCUUGCUCAGGCAUAAGUGGGGUGAACUGGGACUGGGUGAGAAGUGGUACCCUGGGUUGUUCACCAAGUUGAAGAGAUGGCAUGGAGUUGACUUCCAUGAGAGCAUCAUCUCCUGGCACAUCGCCACAGACUUGAUCUUCGCUGCAAUGGAGAAAAAUGGCCAUGGUGCGUCUGACGACAGUGUGGCGAUAGUUAGGGCACUGUCCAAUUAUAUGAUGUUCCUCCUAGUGGAUCGCCCAGAUAUGCUACCAGGCCUUCCGCAGAACUGGCUGUACGAGCAAACCUGCAACAAGCUGGACAAGCUAUGCCAAAAGCACCCCGUCCGUUCUCCCGCCGACAUAUGCACCGUGUUCAAGAAAUUUUUCCGGCCGCGUCACCACUGGGACUUGAGACCUACUACUCUUGAGAAGGAUUUUGCUGAAAAGAUACGGACGCUGGAUCUCACUGAACGCUCUGGCUCUGAAAAUCCUCGCCUCAAUUAUGCGCUCCAAAUUGCCAAGGUAAUUGAGGGUGAACCACAUGAUGAUAAGGGUAAGGUGAAACUGCUGCUAGACCUGUGGACCGACUUCCUAGUGCACGCAGCCAACCGUUGCAGUAGGGAGUCACAUGCCAGGAAGCUUAGCAGCGGUGGUGAGUUCACAACCAUCUUGUGGCUUGUGAUAGAACACCUCUGCCAAAUAAAAGAAUAACAACGGGAGCGCGCAGAGCUAGGUAUACUUUGAUACGAUCGGUAUGUGUGACAGAUGUACGCUGUCUUAGAAAGGUUAUUAGGCUACGGCCAAGUUGUUAGCACACCGCGUGUAUCAAGUUGUAAACAUCCAGAUCAUAAUUAUAAGAUCAUGGCAUGUUUGAUAUGUAAUUCACCUUUUAUUUAUCAUUAUAGACUUUUGAUACUUUUUAAACGGCUGUGUGCAUCUUAGCUAUG